AAUUCAUUUGUGCUGGUGCAGCUGAAGGCACAGCACAUUGCAAGAGAAUGAAGAAGUGACGCACACACCGUUGGGACACACAUGGCUACCACAAUGGAUUACAAGCACUUGUGAACUACAACACGUACAAGGACAUUAGAGAAUCAGCGGACACAACUACUUUGUCACCGUGAUGGAAAAAUACUUCCGGGCUUACAUAAACAUGCGGUGACAUUUUUUUUUUAUCAUUCAUUGUAUCAUUGAUACCAGUGACAGCUGAUUUUUUUUUUGUGCUGACUUGGAUUUCUUAUUUUUUUUUUACAUUUCAUGUCUUUUGACAUUUUGUCACACUUCUUGUCAAACAUACUUGCGGCUGCAAAAACACAGGACGCGCGCGUAAGGAGCUGACCAUGCACUGACAGCCAGGUGACAGGCAGCGCUGGAUGGAGGAAUGGAAAGCAUCAGCGUGGAAACAGACUGGGAUGCUUUAGCCCUCUCGUCUGUGGUCCUGGCAGGAAAGAACAACCUCUCUUCCCCAUCUCUGCUUGAACUAAACUACCCCAAUGGCUCCCACAGUGGAGGAUCCUUCUUUGGGAUCUUUUCAGAGAAUGGCUCACACACCACUCCUCACACGCUGCCUCAGCCUAGGGUGAGGGACCAGGGCCUGGCCCAGGCAGAGAUCGCCGUGCUCGGAGUGGUGCUGGCUCUUACCACACUGGGGAACAGCUUCGUGCUGUGGGUGCUGCUCAGGAGGAGGAAGCACAAUGCGCCCAUGCAUGUGUUCAUGGUCAACUUGUGUGUGGCUGACCUGGUGGUGGCCUUCUUUCAGGUUCUUCCCCAGCUCAUAUGGGACAUCACAGACAAGUUUCAAGGACCUGAUUUCCUGUGCCGCGCCAUCAAGUACUUGCAGAUUGUGGGCAUGUUUGCUUCCUCCUACAUGAUAGUUGCUAUGACAGUGGACCGGCAUCACGCCAUCUGCUGCCCGCUGCAGGCUUACCGUGGCGGGGCAAUGUCCCGCUGGAACACCCCUGUCAUGGUAGCUUGGGGCCUGGCGCUUGUCCUCAGCCUUCCACAGGUGUUCAUCUUCUCUCGCUCAGAAGUGAGUCCUGGCGAGUUUGAAUGCUGGGGUCACUUUGCCGAGGCAUGGGGACUCAAAGCCUACAUCACAUGGAUGACGGUGGCGGUCUUUCUUUUGCCUGCCCUCAUCAUCACCAUCUGUCAGAUAAGAAUCUUCCGGGAGAUCCACAAUAAUAUCUACCUGAAGUCAGAAAAGAUGGUAAUGGCUGAGCUCAGGAGGAACGAAAUCCUCUUCCGCUUCCACAACUUUAAGAAGGAAGAGGAGCGGGCCACAGAAAGGGGUCAGCGGAUGUCUGGAGGGGAAGGUAGAUCAGGGCAGCACUUGAAGGCCGUGAACAACAAAGCUCACAAUAACACAAAUAAUAAAAGCCAAGCGGGAGAGUCUUAUGACUACGUUGGGUCCACUGCAUCAACAACAUCACCUAUGGAUAUUCAACUGCAACUAAACAGUACUGAUUGCCAGGAGUCCUGCACAUCCUACGAGGUGGCCUCAGGAUCGCCUCGCUGUUCCCUUGAUUAUGUCACCCCUCAUUCUGGGACGGCUCCACCACCGAGCAUCACCAAAGCCAUGUCUAAAACGGUCCGAAUGACGCUGGUCAUUGUUUUGGUCUAUACCGUCUGCUGGUCCCCUUUCUUCAUUGUCCAGCUGUGGGCCGCCUGGGACCCCAACCCUCCCAAUCAAGGCGUGGCCUUCACUAUCCUGAUGCUGCUGGCCAGUCUAAACUCAUGCACCAACCCGUGGAUCUACACGGCUUUCUCCAGCAGCGUUUCCAGAGAGCUGCAUAACCUGCUGUUUUGUGGGUCACGUCCUGGACGCCGUGGCUCGUUGCCCGACGACUCCACCACCACGCACACCUCCACCACCAAGGACAGUCAGUACUGACCAAUAAGAUUCAGGAGACAUAUGUGUGCUUUUUGCAAGGACGCAACUCUGCCACGUCAACUGGAGAACAGAGGUCAUCUGCUUCCGCCAGAUGUUCUCAACAACAUAUGACAGCUAUGCCAUCAACAGGAACUCCAUCUGCAUCGGUGCUCUGCAUUCAAACAGUGAAGGAGCAUGUGAAACUGACAGAGUCAGCGCAUAAUAGAAUACGCAAUGACAAGCAAGGUGGCCUCUUAUAGGUAAAUGGAUUUUCACCUCAGCUUUUGAGUACCAUGCUAACUCUCAGAGGAAAGCCUUUCAAAUAGAGAACAGCAGGAAUGCAAGGCGUUAAAGGCUUGUUGGCACUCCCAGUGUACACAGCUGGAGACAAAGCUAAGGGCGUAGAAAAAAAACAGAGGGCGAAGUGCAUAUAAGCAGAGAGUAACAACAGCAAGGCUACUGCUGGUCUCAGAACAGACAGCGGUCGUCGUCGAUGUUCCAUGGGAUGGCAAUCUAAUAAUGUGAACAAACUUUGUUAAAUCCAAGAAAGUAAAUUAGCAGUGGUUGGAUUUAUAUUCACUAAGGAGAAUCCAGUUUCUUAGAACAAUAGUGAACUGUGAGCGGAGCACAGCGCAGUGGAGUCAAGGCUGAACACUGACACACAAACUCACUUGUGGGUUAGGCCCGCAAACAAACAAUCCUCUUCGACAGCAAACAAAUGUGAUUUUUAUUACAUGUAAACACAGCAUAUGAGGUGCACCUUCCUGUCCUCUUUGGCUCAAUGCAUGAAAUGAAGCAUUAUGCUGGAACAAGAGGAGACAUUUAAACUGCAUUCCAUGUAGAAGAAUGAACAAGUUCCAAUGUAUUUAUUGAAAAUGUACCGUGCACAUUAGACAAGACUAUACUGUGUCCAAGAUAAACGUUGCUGGAUGUAACUCAAUGCUGCAAGAUAUUUAUUGUAUAUUAGUAGUAGUUCAAUCACAGACGUUUUUUUUUCAAACUUCAGAUCAUUGCGCUUCACCAGAUAAGACAUUUCAAGUGUAUCAAAGAUAGAAAGAAAGUACACGCCAUUCCGGCUGUGUGUCAACACCAGAAAGACGUAAUCUUGAUCAUUAAAGUAGUCCCAGUCUAGAGCAAGUGCCUGUGAUGCCCGUGGACAUUUUUAGAGAGGCCUCUCGCUCUGGUUUAAUCUCACACUGAUGUCAGCUAUGUUAUUCUAGACUGCACUAUCAGCAGAGGCGGGCUCUAAUGUUAUAACACACCAGCUCACUUUCAUUCUUCUAAUUGUCAUAUUCUACAGAUGAUGCCUUUACGUGUCUGAUGUUCACUUUUUCAUGUCACCGUUUUAAAUUAGUAAUGCAAUAUGGCUGCCUGACAGACUUCAAGUACACAUAUUGUGGUUGUUGUUUUAAGUUAGUUGUUUUAAGUACUGCUAUAUAAGCUCCCGGACAUGCCGUAGGCAUGAGGGUAUAUAAAGCCUGGUCCCACCCCUACCCACAGGGCUGCAACGUUACGUACACCUGCACAAACCAAUGAUCUUCAAACAAAAGUGAGACUAAACUUCUGCCCUUACAAAUAUAACUAGAAUAGCACAGAGCAAAGCACGAAAGUUGAACUGCAAACAAAAGUGGCAUUUUUGUGUUUGUUUGUCCAUUUAUUGCCAGGCCACUUCCUGAUUCCCAGAUGUAAGAUGAUAGGACUGUAUUAUUUUUAGUUCUGGGCUGGGUGGAAAAGUUAUAUUGUAAUUUAAAAUGACAAAAAGAGAAAAACAAAUUCCUUAAAGGGAUAGUUCGGAUAUUUUAACAUGAAGUUGCAUGACAUCCCCAUCAGCAUUGUAGUCCAUUAACAAAAGAUGAAUACAUUUGCAUCACAAACAGGCGCUCGCAUCUUCUUCCGCAACGGAGCGCCACGCCCAUCUUAUUUACGUAUGUGUUCCACAGCGGAAGAAGAUGCGAGUGUCUUCGUCACAUACACAAGAACGCACUGGCGACAGUGCGCAGGAAUAAAAGCCGGGAGACAAAUAAACGCAAUAAAGGCAUUUUUGUGAUGCAAAUGUAUUAAUCUUUUCAACGCAUAUUGUUUUGAGAAGCCAAACUCUUUACUUAAUUGUCCCCAGAAACUAAUCCAAACUACGUUCUUCAUCACAGAAAUCUGACCAGAACUGGACUUAGGAGACCAAGUGGGGGGUAAGUCGCUGUUAUUGGACUACAAUGCUGAUGGGGAUGUCAUACAACUUCAUGUCAAAAAAUCUGAACUCCAUUUGAAGCAAAAGUGCAAAAAUAUUGUGGCCAAAUGUGUCUGUUUAUUUGUGUAUAUCUUAGCCACUUGUUAUUUAAAUUCUUGGGCAGGGUGAACAGUUCCAUUGUAAUGCAAAUGAUAAAAGAGAAAAUACUGGUAAAUAUAUCAAACAUAAGUGAAAAAAAAAACCAUGGAACGCUAUAUUUGUUUCUGUUUGUCCGUCUGUCUGUUAGUUUGCGGCCCAUUUCCUGGUUUCUGGAGUAUGAUAAAGGAAUAGACUGACAAUUUGCAUUCUCACCUUUGUGCUUGGUUUCUUAUUGUGGUUGUAUUUUGUAGUCGGGUACAAGUGCCCUAUACCACACUGAGAGUUGUUUUUGUCAUGUAGCGAGUUAAUAAUGUCAUUAAAAUAGUAUAUGCAGUGUCUUUUACUGCAUUGCAAAUUAGAACCAAUGUAUUAAACAUAUUGUUCAAUGAAUACCUCUGUGACAGUGUCGAAGAUUGUGCAGAUGUACUUAAUGAAGAGGCCAGUGAGUGUAAAAGGUCACAGCAGACCGAUCAGAUGAAACGUUGCUAUGUUUGUGUCCAAAGCCCAAAUAGAUGUUCUGAGUUUGCAGGACAAUGCUUGGAUGCUUUCAAGAUGUGUCUGGAAUCCUCAUUCGUGUGGAAGGAGAAGCCUCACCUUUUCCUCUUGCAUGUGCCGUGCGUUUGGACUUCAGCGCUCCGUUGUGCAUUUGUUCCCCAGACACAAGGCUCCACUUUGAUCAUUUGCCAGAUGGACAGCUACAUCAACACCAUCCCGUGUCCCACUUUGUUGCGUCAGGAAAGAGAUGAACUUCUCCCCAACUCCUCUGAGUGUUAAUGUAUUUUGCUCUUCCUGACAGGAAAUGACAAGUUCAAUGGAUGGUUCUUCUCCACUGACAGGGCCCAGCUUCAGCUCCAGCCAGCCUCUCAGACUGAUGAGAGAUGCCACACAUACUUUGCUACAUUGCUGUCUGUACAGCCAUUAGCGAGCAUCAGGACAGCUAAAUAAUGUACGGUGCAGACACGGGCAGCCAAAUAUAAACUCUUAAAUCAGCACUCACAGCAAAAAGGUUUAUCCUGAGUCAGAUUUUGCCUGAACAGCCUGGACCGAACCUCCACUGUUUUUCUUAAUAAUGACAUAUUCUCUGGGACAGCUAACUUCCUACAUCCGCCAAGGAGCUCAUGUUUACAUCGGCAUGAGUUUGUUUGUUAUUGUGUAACUUCCUGUCUAAAAUUUCAUACAGUAUCAACCUGGAUCUCUAUAGCGUGCAGGCAUUCUUCUAAAGACUAUCCCACGACAAAGUCUUUAGACUGAGUGCUUAGCUAGUGUCGCAUUAAAUGAGAACAUCCCUCAUAUUUCAGAAACCAUUUUAUUAUAUUAUAACUUUUUCCCCAACCUAAUUUUCCAAAAAUUACUUGAUAUGUUUCUCAUAAUAUUAUUACUUUAAAAAAAAGUAAUUUUUGAAAGUCAUAAAAAAAUUAUUUUUUUAAAGUAAUUUUUUUCUUUAAUAUUUCAACUUUAUGCUUAAAAUGAUAUUAUUUUUCUUCAUAAUUUGUAUUACGAUGUUAUUCUCAUAAAAUUAUGACGUUUUCUCCCUUCCACCUGCGUUACGAUCUGCUACAGAGUUGUCAGUUUUUAAAUCUCUUUUAAAAAAGAAUUUAUUCAGACUGGCUUAUGACACAUGAUGGUUAUUUGUACUUUAGUUGUGAUUCUGUGCCUGUAUUUUUAUUUAAUUUUAUUGUUUUAGUUAUUUUUAUUCUAUCUUAUUCGAUCUUACCCUGUUGUCAUUUGCUAUUGCCUGUUUUUACUCCUGUGAAGCACCUUGGGCACCAUUGGGAUGUUGUAAGGUGCUAUAUAAAUAAACUUUGAUUUGAUUUGAUAGAUUACAACUUUUUUCUUUUAAUGUUUUUACUUAAUUCUUGUAAAAUUACCUCUGAUUUUUACAUUUUUGCUGUUGUUUUUUUUUUUUUUUUAGUUUUCUUGUUAUAUGUUUUCAGAAUGUGCCGCGGGCCAAUAAAAAAACAGGCAAGGUCCACUAAUGCCUCCCCGGCCACACUUUGGACACCCCUGGUUUAAAGUAAACGGUGUACAGCUUGGAAAGAAGUAUAGAUUGAAUUUCUUCUGAAAAUAUGUCACUAUUUUUCAGUGAAUUUUCUAUACCGCUUAUUCUCAUCAGGGUCAUGUGUAAGCUGGAGCCUAUCCCAGCUGACUUUGAUUGAUGUGCCCUACGAUUGUUGGUGAGCGG